AUGGCUGGGUCAGGGUCCAUUUCAGGCUCCGGCUCCGGCUCCGGCUCCGGCUCCGGCUCCCCUUGUGGUGCAUGCAAAUUCCUCAGGCGAAAGUGCGCCGCGGAUUGCAUAUUUGCCCCUUACUUUUGCUCGGAGCAGGGGGCCACCCGCUUCGCUGCGGUGCACAAAGUGUUUGGCGCGAGCAAUGUCUCCAAAUUGCUGUCGCAAGUUCCCCAGGCCGACCGCUCCGAGGCUGUGGUCACCAUUUCCUACGAGGCGCAAGCACGCAUCAAGGACCCCGUCUAUGGAUGCGUCGCACACAUCUUUUCUCUCCAACAGCAGGUGGCAAGCUUGCAAUCUCAAUUGAUGCAAGUGAAGGCACAAUUGGCCUGUAAAUUGGCUGGCUCCCAAGCCACAAAUUCCCAAUGGGUGAGAGACACAUCCCAUCAAUGCUAUCAUGUGCCCAUAGAGAGCCAAUGGAUGAACAACACAUCAGACAAUGCACAACCAUGCCAUCCAUACAUACAUCCACCCCAUGGGUUAAUGCCAUCCAUGAUGCAACCAAAUGAAUGCAGCCAUCAAAAGAUGCGGAGUGAUGACCAUUACAUAUUUGAGGAGUCCAUGUCCCCAAAGAGCUCUGUUGAUGAUGUAGACCAUGAUGGGGAUGACUCACCUUCACUUCACCAUAAGGCAUGGUUUAACAGAGACCAUGACCAUACAUUGCAACCAUGUUCAAGGAAGAGUUUUCAAUGCAAUGAUUUGGGGGAGCUUCAAGCUUUGGCACUUAGGAUGAUGAGAAGCUGAUGAACUUCCCUUUAUCAU